AUGAUUUAUAGAGGAAUACAUAGGAUUUUAAAUUUUUCGUGGGAAGUGUAUAUUAGGGAGGAAAAACGGAGUAGAAAGUGUUCUAAUGUGCAGAUUCUAUGUAAUUUAGGGUAUUUUUUAAGAGUUCCAGUGAAUCAAAGGCACCUGUUUUGUGUUUGGUCGAAGACAAAUGGAAUAUUGAAAUCUCAAGCUCCAGAUGGGUUUACUGCAUUAGAAGUAUCUUCUAGUAGACCAGAAGGGCUUCAAUUUUCGUCUUUGGGGUCACCUGUGCCUCAGGAAGCAGUUGCUUUAGAAUAUGAAAAAAAACUGUUAAGUUUAUUUUCAGAAAAUAAAUAUUUUAACGUAAUUGGAGCUUAUGAAGAAAUGAGGGCUUCAUCUGUUAUCCCUACUAUUGAAUCUUAUGAUAUUAUAUUACAGUCAAUGGUUAAAAUCCGUCAACCUGGUGUUGUAGCUAUGAUAAAUACAAUUCUUGAUACGUAUAAGUCUAUGCUCGAACAUCAGUUGGUGCCGAGUGUAUCAAUAUAUUCAACUCUUAUUUUAGUGCUUUGUAUGCGUGAAGAAGAAGUCUAUUCUCAGCUUCAAGCAUUAAAUAAUAAAGUCAAACGUGGUCUUUCAAAUAGUGUUUACUUUCAAGAACGAAUAAAUGCUUUGAAAAAUGAAAAUAAUCUAAGCAUGGCAUGCGAGAUAUUUAAAGCUAGUGUUAGCGCUAGAUUUCGGCCUUAUCCUUCUAAUGUAUAUUCAGAAUUGAUGCGUAUUUGUGCUUUGGUUGGAAAAACAGAUGAGCUUCUUAUGAUAUAUGAGCAAAUUAUUAAUCAUAAUCUUAUUCCAAACCCACAAGUAUUUAUUUCUUUAAUUAGGGGGUUUUCUAAGUACAAAGAUAUCAGAUCAAUUGUUGAAUGUUUUAAUGAAUAUAAAUUUUUUGCUUCAAAAAUGGAGCCUCAUGAUAAAUAUGAUGUUUAUUCGGCAUUGAUUGAUGGCUAUUUUAGAUCGUCUGAUCUUUCUGGUGCAAUUUUAUUUUUUGAGAAAUUAAUUGCUGAUAAUAGUACUUUUGUUCCGUAUAAAAUUUUGAAAACAAUAAUAUAUGGGUUUUCUUUUAAUGGGGACUAUUUGACUGCUAAAUCAUGGAUUGAUCGCAUGAAAGAAGAUAAAAAUUUUCCUGAUCCUACACCUUCUUGUAUAAUACCGGUUAUAAGUGCAGCUAUCAAAGCAAAUGAUUUAGAUGUUGCAACUGAACUUGUUGAUUAUUCUUCUUCUAUUGGAUCUAUAAAACCGUUUGGAAGUGUUAUUUUUGAAUUUAUACUUUUAUGCUUGAAACAUAAAAAAGAUGAUUACGCAAGUAAUAUUCUUAAUACAGCUUCUAUUGAGGGAAUUAGACCAGACGAAGUCACUACUCAAUUGAUUGCUCAUGCUAUGAUUGAAAAUGGGAACGUAAAUGCUGCGCUUGAGUUGUAUAAAACAUGCAUGAAAGUUAAUAUUCAGCAUUUUGGAUCUACGAGAUAUAUUCGUCGAGGAUUUACUUUGGUAGGUGUUUCUAUAAUGGAAGAAUUAAAAAAAAAAGGUUUUCUUGAUUUUAAGUUAUCUUUGAAAAUUAUUAUGGAUGUUUAUGACACUGCAUUUCAUAUACCUUAUCCUAUGCUUGAAUAUGUUUUAAAGAUUUAUUUUAUUGAAAAGAAAGACUCAUUGGAAAUAUGGAAAGCUAAUUUAAAAUUAUGGGAAAGGACUAUAUUAAGUUUAAGUAUUAGAGUAUUAUGUUUUUCUAUUAAACAAGAAAAAGAUUCAUAUGCAUGUAAAGUAUUACCGGAGCUUGUUAAAGAUAUAAUGUCUGAAAAUAUUCCUAUCACACCGGGUUUUGUAAUAGCUGUUUCUGAUACUUUAAAUAUUUUAGGAAAAAAGCACUUAUCUAUUCAAUGGGAAAAAUAUAUUGAAAAAUAUAAAUUAUCCAAUUCUUUAAAUUCUGUUAAUGUAGAAAAUGAUUGUUUUCGGGAUUUAAGGCCUCUUUCUAUUGAUCUUAUGCGUGAUUGGAAUCAAGUUAAAAACCAUCCUGAUAUAGAUUUUUCUAUUUCACAAAAAAUUUUAAAUGAUUCUAUUUGUCAUAACAAAACUAAUGACUAUUCCGUUUUGGUUCAUGAUAUAUAUAUAACAUAUAAAAAAGGAAAAGAUAUUACUCCAGAAGCAUAUUGUAGAUUAUUGGAACGUCUUGGAAAAGAAAAAAAGUUGGAUUUAGUGAAUGAGGUUUUUAAGCUUGCAAAGAAUUCUAUUUCUAAAAACUUUACUGGAGAUACUGAAUUGUGUUAUCACGGAUUUUGUUUAAACAGCAUGAUUAUUGCUCAGAUAUAUUCUGGUCAAAUAGAAACAGCAAGAGAAUAUCAAAAGCAAUUAUUAGAAAUUGGGUUUUCUCCGAGUGCAGCUGUUUUUGCUGCAUAUAUUAUAAAUUUAAAAAAAAUUGAUGUUUAUCAAGAAGCUAAUGAUGCCAUGGAAAUUUAUAACGAAGCGAAAUCGUAUAAUAUUGAGUUAUCUACAUAUUUUUAUAAUGUUCUUAUAUCGAAGUUUUCUAGAGCACGAAGAGUAGAAGAAACUUUUAAGAUUUUUUCAGAAAUGAAAAUGAAUAAUAUUCUUCCAAAUAGUAUUACAUAUGGAACUAUCAUAAAUGCGUGUUGUAGAGUAGAAAAUGAAGAAUUAGCAAAUGAGCUGUUUAUAGAGAUGGAAAACAGUCCUCGUUAUUAUGCUAGAGUUGCUCCAUAUAAUAUAAUGAUGCAGUUUUAUGUGCAUACAAAAAAAAAUAGACAAAUGGCACUUAAGUACUAUGAGAAGCUUCGCAAUCGGGUUAUAGCUCCCUCUGCACAUACGUAUAAACUUCUGAUUGACUGCUGGACUAUAAAUGACCCUCCAGAUAUAAAUAUGGCACUUCAAGUAUUAACUGAGAUGACAAAAAAUAAUGUUCCUAUUACUACUCAACAUUACGGAGCAAUUAUAUAUGCAAAAGGGUGCGUUUAUCGAGACCUAAAUAGUGCUAGACAAUAUUUUGACACUAUUACUCAACGUAGCUUUAAACCAGUAAUACCUGACGAAAUUUUAUAUCAAUCUUUAAUAGAAGCAUAUGUUGCUAACCAACGUAUAAAAAACACAUGUAAAUUACUGCAUCAAAUGAAAGAAAAGAAUAUUCCUUUAACUGCUGAUAUUGCUAAUUUACUUAUUCAUGGUUGGACUCAUGAACAUCGAAUAGAUAAAGCUAGGAAGAUUUUUGAUUUAUUUGAUACACAAGAAAACAGUAAAUUAAGAACUCCAGAGACUUUUGAAGCAAUGGUUCGUGCUUAUUUGUCAAUUAAUGAUACAGCAUCUGCUGAAAAUAUUUUGGAGAAAAUGAAGACAUGUUCAUAUUCUCAAGCUGUAGUUUUGCAAGUUGAAUCUUUACUUAAAAAUCCACCAUCUGUACUUUGA